CCUCUGUCGUGAGUUCAACUCUCUCUCAGUGUUUGGUCUGUUUUUGCUAUCUCUCUCUGCUUUGCAGUGAUACUCAUUGAAGUGAGAAAGAGAACAAGUGAUGGGCUGGUUUCCCUGUGCUGGGAAGUCAAGCAAAAAUGCGAAGAAGACUCUGAAGAAGAGGCCUGAUGAUCAGAUCCCAUCAUCUUCAGCUAAAACAAGGCCAAAUUUGGUGCUGGAUGUGAAGAAGGAGACCUCUACAGAUGGAGGCUCUGAUCAAAUUGCAGUACAUACAUUUACGUUUCGUGAAUUGGCUGCUGCAACAAAGAAUUUCAGGGCUGAUUGUCUUUUGGGUGAAGGUGGUUUUGGCCAAGUAUAUAAAGGGAGAUUGGAAAGUACCAAUCAGGUUGUAGCCAUCAAGCAACUUGAUCGUAAUGGGCUCCAAGGAAACAGGGAGUUCCUUGUUGAAGUAUUAAUGUUGAGCUUACUUCACCAUCCUAAUCUUGUUAACUUGAUUGGCUACUGUGCUGAUGGAGAUCAAAGACUUUUGGUUUAUGAAUACAUGCCAUUAGGAUCUUUGGAAGACCAUUUACAUGUCAUCCUGCCAACCAUUGUACAGGAAGGAUGGAAAUAUGACCUUCCACCUGAUAAAAAACGACUUGAUUGGAAUACAAGAAUGAAGAUAGCUGCCGGUGCUGCAAAGGGCUUGGAGUAUUUGCAUGACAAAGCUAAUCCCCCUGUUAUAUAUCGUGAUUUGAAAUGCUCAAACAUUUUACUUGGUGAAGGUUAUCAUCCGAAGCUCUCUGAUUUUGGUUUAGCAAAAGUGGGUCCUGUUGGAGACAAAACCCAUGUAUCCACCAGAGUGAUGGGAACCUAUGGGUAUUGUGCUCCUGAAUAUGCAAUGACAGGUCAGCUUACACUUAAAUCAGAUGUAUAUAGCUUUGGUGUUGUUCUUCUUGAGAUUAUUACUGGAAGGAAAGCUAUUGACAAUUCAAGAGCUGCUGGGGAGCAUAAUCUCGUUGCAUGGGCAAGGCCAUUGUUCAAAGAUCGAAGGAAGUUUUCACAGAUGGCUGACCCAUUAUUACAAGGUCAAUAUCCAGUGAGGGGCUUGUACCAAGCUCUUGCUGUUGCUGCAAUGUGUGUUCAGGAACAGCCUAAUAUGCGACCCCUUAUAGCUGACGUAGUCACAGCCCUUACUUAUCUUGCUUCCCAAAUGUAUGAUCCUGAGACACAACCAGUCCAAGCCUAUCGUCCAGGCUCAUCCACUCCUAGAAUUAGAAGGGAACAGUGAAGUUUGUAGCCAGUAAGAUAAGGAUUUAGCAGCAACAGUAAUCUAAGAAGGGUCAUUCCCUGGAAACCAAUGAUCAGAUUGCUGUCACCUUCCAGGCUGUGGCUAUACAGAAUGCAUUUUCUGAACAGAUUUAUUUACAUGAUUCAAGGAUCAUUGGAUUGGAGUUUAGUUGGAGGCAAUUGUCAGCUGCUGCAAACGCGUUACAACAUUACCAGUUGAUCGGAUUUUGCAUCUCUCCAGAUAGCAGGUGCAAUGAAUACCCGAGAACAUUCUGUUUUUUGCAGUAGAAUCUUCAGUCUCUCCAUUUUUCUUUUUCUUUUUUGGCCUUAUUAUUGAUUAUUAUUUUUUUUUCCCAUCUUCUUGCCUCUCUUUUACAAAAAUUUUUUCAUGUACAUUUGAGCUUGGGGCUUUGUAUCUAUUAUUCAUAUAGAAACUGAUCCAACCUUCAAAGACCAUCAGCUUUUGCUUGGUGUUA